GUUUGGCGCUUCGGUUAAAAAGCGGGUUUGCCCUAGAUAAGUGCCCUAGUAAACAGAUUGGAGCGCGGCCGUGCUCUGCCGUUGGCGCGUUGUUUCAAAGGAAAGAUGGAGUUCAUGAACGCAGUUCAGCGGCUGAAACUAAACGCUGUUUCUACAGCUUGGGUGGACACAGUCUGGGAUUGUGAGUUCACUGAUAUAGAGCCCCUCGACUCUGCCAUCGAAGAGGAGAUAAAAGAAGACCCCGAGGUUUUUAAGAAAGUGUACAAGCAGUUACUGCCCUUCUCCACUGACGAUGACAGCACACAGAGUAUCUGGACAGUGCUGGGAGAGAAUGAAGUGUCUGUGAAGUCGCUGGUGGCUGUACUGGCCUGCUUCGUCCUUGGCGCAAAAGCCAAAUCUCCCAGUGUUGAGCAGAGAUGCUACAGUCUGCAGGCAGCCUCCCUUUACCUGCUGCUUCUUAAAAUCCCAGGCAGUGUCGCCAACAAAGUGUUCCAUCAGAUUCUCUUUGAUACAUGCCUGGACAUCAUACUGAAAUGCUGGCCCCAGAGCUCUGGGAAGAAGCGUAAGAAGGAUUCUCUGAAGAGCUCUCAGGGCGACCCCAAGAGUGGAAAACGAUCCAAAUCUCAGAAGAAGGCUUCGGAAGAGAUGGAGAUUGAUGAGGAUGAAGAGGAAGAUGAGGAGGAGGAGGUGUAUUUCUCAGCUCAGGAUCUGCUGAGAAUGAGGGAGGACGUGGUGGCUCUGGUCCGAACGCUGCUCAGACUGCUGGAGAGGUUUUCACUGAGGGACAAGCCGCAGAGUGCUGAUAGCUGCGUGCGGAUAUUCACUGAACUCACUAACUUUGAGCCAGUAGUUGGAGAGCUGUCCUUCACUGAGAAACGAGAUGUUGACCGGCUGGAGAGCCUUCCUGAGCUAGCCUAUCGUGGCCUUUGGCUGCUCUGUUCCUCCAGUCACGGUGAAGGAAAUGAGUGCCGCCGUCGUGUCUUCCACCGGCUGCUAUACGUGAUUCUGAUGAUGAGGAAAGAGGAGAGAGCCAAGCCGUGCCUACUAGCGUCCUCACAGACUGUCUUUAAAGCCAGAGACCAGGCUGUUCUCUUUAUAAGUCAAAUUGUGGAUGAGCAGACGGAAGCCACGUUGCCACUGCUCAGGAUCCUUUUGCAGCAUAUCUGCCACCAGAUGGUGGAAAAAGCUGAAUAUCGUGCCAGCGGAGCUCAAGCUGUUGGGAAGCUGAUGACGAAGAUGCCGAGUCAGGACUAUGCCGUUUUUGUCAAGUGGCUAUAUAACUACUCUCAGAACACCAGGGUGGUCUUCCGGAUGUUUGCUCUGGACGUGGCUAUGGUGCUGCUGGGGCUGGACGAGCGAGAAGCAGAUGAGUCUCUGGGCCCUGAGCUGGCCGUCUACCUGUCCCACCGUUUCCUGGUGCGCAACAUAGUCUUCGGCCGCCGUUCUGAUGUCUCGCCCACCGUCAGAGGCCACGCCCUGCACUGUCUUGCACAGUGCCUGGAGCUGCCCUCCCACAACGCCACCAAGUGGAUCCACGAGCUCUUCUCUUCAUCUUCUACCACUGGCGCACAGACUCUGCUGGAAACUGGCCGUUCAGAACAAACUCUGAAAAGGACAGAGAUGGCUCAGAAAACGGCCCUGACGUUCCGCACAAUUGAGCUGAGCAAACACAAGAGCCUUGCAGGGGCCAGCCGCCGCAGCGGUGACGGCAGUGGUGAUGGCAGCGCUGACGGCGUCAGCCACAACACUACGUCCUUAGAAUAUCAAGAAACCAUGGCACUGUUCAAACAGCGUGUCAGUGAUCCUAAGACCAAUGUCAGAAAAUGUGCGCUUGAGACUAUCAUGAGUCUGCUGAAGCACGGUGUGAUCCCAUGCAGUCUGGAGAAUCUGGCCAUUCUUUCAGAGCGCUGUCGAGACCCUGCAGUGUCUGUGAAGAAGAAAGCGAUGCAGUGUCUCAUGGACCUGCUCACUGUGCUGUCAGACAGCUCUGAGGUGCAGGAGGCGUGGCUGCGAGGGGUGGUUCCCGCAGUGAUUGACUCUGAGAGCUCAGUGCAGGAGAAGGCUCUUGAAUGCCUUGAUGACAUCAUUCUUACUCACAUCAAGAGCCACAGCAGCUAUCGCCAUGACAACACCUCCCAGAAACUGGCCUGGGACUUGCUGGGACUGAUAUGUGACAAGUGUCAGGACCUUGGACGUUACUUCAGUAAGGCCUUCAGUGUGUGGGCGAGGCAGCAGAAGUUCUCCGCUGCAUUUGUGAACAGUCUGAUCUGGCACACUGAGGGUGAGCGUGCUCCAGGGGCGUGGCUCCUGCUGGCUAAAGUGGCCCGCUGCUCCUCCAAACUCAACUACAGCACCAUCCUGGAGGCGUGGGACCGCACCGUCAGGUCUCCUGUGAUCUCCGUGGCAACAACCUGCCAUAUCCUCACUGUCAUUGGUGACAUUGCGUCUGGUAUUAAUGAUGAUACCAAAAGCAGGAUUUUUGAUGAUCUGAUGGGUUGGCUGAAGGGUUUCAGUCUGCCUCUGGAGGUGAUCAGCUCAAGUGUAGAAACCCUCUUCCGUCUCGGCCAAUCAGAGAACACCAAGGACACCAUGGCCUUCUUGAAUCAGUUCUGUGGAGAGCUUGUCUCGCUCUGUGAGGAAUAUCUGUCCAGCGUCCUCUUGAACGAGAGAGGAGCAGAGAACCUGAAUGAAGAGCUGCUGGUUAAAUAUCUGUACACUUUGGGUGUAGCCUCCCUACACUGUCCUGCCAAAGUGCAGAAGAGAGUUUUCCUUCUCGUUCAGUCCAUUCUUACUUCCUCUGAGCAGCCAGGUUCUGAAGAAGGAGCGGAGCUGCCAGCGAGUCAGCCUCUGUCUCAGUUCAAGUCGUCCUCUAUGCCUACUGUGGUCCGAGCUCAUGCAGUCAUUACUCUAGGGAAGCUGUGUUUGCAGCAUGAGGAACUGAUGGUGCGGUACCUGCCUGCGUUUGCCCGGGAGUUGGAGGUGGGCAGGGAGCUGGCCGUGCGCAGUAACGUGGUGGUGGUGCUGUGUGACCUGUGCGUGCGCUACCCGAACACGCUGACCCGAUACAUCCCCAACAUCUCAGCCUGCCUCAAAGACGCAGAGCCCCUCAUCAGAGAGCAGACCCUCAUCAUGCUCACCAACCUGCUGCAGGAAGAGUUUGUCAAAUGGAAGGGUUCCCUGUUCUAUCGGUUUGCUGCUGCGCUAGUGGACCCUGAUCCAUCAAUUGCAGAUCUCUGUGAGUACUGCUUAGUGGACCUCCUCCUGAAGAAGAACCCUCUGAUGUUCUCUCAGCACUUCAUCGAGUGUAUCUUCUAUUUCAACUCUUAUGAGAAGCAUAAGAAAUACAACAAAUUCCCUGAGACAGAGAGUCAGAAGAACAAGUUUUCCCUCAAAGGGCAGAUGAACCAGGGCAAGCGUUUCAGGAUCUACAGAUUUCUACUGAAGAACUUCACUGAUGAACAGCGCUUUAAUAUCACUACCAGAAUCAGUCAAGAUAUCCUCGCCUGCUUUGUGGACUCAGAAUUGCCUCUGGACGCAGAGGGGGCCGAGCUGCUGGCCGAUGUGUUCGACGUUCUGUCUUUGAAAGAGAUAAAGCUGACCGCUAUGAGCGGCCCUGCCCCCGGUGACGAGCCCCCUGAGGAUGAAAUGGCUGCAGCCAAAGCAGUCCUGCAGAAGAAGCUUGUCUCACAGGUGCAGAAAAAGAACUUUGUGGAGAAUGUGAUUCCCAUGGUCAUCGCUCUGAAGAACAUGCUGGAGGAGCACCGCUCACCUGUCCUCAAACAUCUCAUGGCUUACCUGCAGGUGACCAUGCAGGACUAUCGCACAGAGGUGAAGGAGCUGUUUGCCGCAGACGAGCAGCUGGCCGCAGAGGUGGAGUUCAACCUGAAGAUGUUUGAGAAGCAGAAAGAGCAGGAGCAGCAGGAGUUAGCACAGCAACUCGGCAACUUUACUCUGUCACCCAGACCUAAAGGCAGUGCUGCUGCCUCUCCAGCUGCUGGUGUUGGCGGCAGGCCAGGCUUUGCCACUCCUCUCGCCCCUCGCUCUGCUCAGAGACCCUCAAACAACUGCAAGUCUGCCGACAUGCUCAGGCGUCGUACGUUUGCUGGUAUGCUGACUCCUGUGGGAAGACGAGGUUCGCAGAGCAUGAUCUGUUCAGGAUCUUCAAAGGGGGGUUUUGAUGGCAGAGCUAUCAGCACACCACAAGAGAGCAUCAAUGAAGUGACGUUUGGAGAGCAAGUCAGUGCCAUUCACUAUGAUGGAGCUUCAGGCAGACAUAACAUACCUGGAGAUGAUAGCGUUUUACAUCUUAUGUCACCUGAACAUCAAGCACCAGCGCCCAGACAGUGGAACGUGGAGUCUCCCAUUGUGAGAAAAAGCAGAAGCAAGAAAAGGCAGUUGUGAACAUGCAUUUAUGUGUCCUAUAAUGAUAUUACCUUUUCCGAACCUUUACUGUGUCUAAACUUUUGUAUUACUGUCCUUUUAAAACUCUAUAAGAAUGCCUUUCACCUUUUC